AUGACAGAUAAGAAAGAAAAAGCUCUCACAGACAAAUACGAAAAAGAAGCUCUUUGGUUCUAUGAUGGAAUGCAAGGAAUUACUGAGCAAAGCUUUAACAAUGAAUUUGACGGGGCAACAGACAACAAAGUGCUUAAUGAACUGCUGAGAGAGAGAACUGCCUUCUUGGACAAGUUAAUUGAAUUCUCUAGUCGACACGAUGAGCAUGAAAAACUUCGUAAGCACAAACAGGGGAAGAUGAAACUGUUUAAGAAAGUCCUUCUCAGGUCUGACUUUGUUGGCGAGAAGACACAGGAGAAAUCAACGCUGAGGAAAGCCGUAGAAAAUUUGUAUGAAGACUUCGGAGAGAAAGGAAGUAUUAAAGGUUUUCGAGAAAACCUCUUGACAACCUGGCAAAGGCAGUGGGAAGAAGGAAAAGACAAAGAGGAGCCAAGAGAAAAGUUGUUGACGAGUUGGAGAAUAAUCAACGGAAUACUACAGCUAUGCCAAGAACUUGAAAUGAAAGAUCUUUGUAAGAGAUACGGAAAAGAAGCUUUGAGCUUUGGUGAUAGAUUGUUAGAAAUUCGGCGCAGUGACAUGAAGAAUGUUGAGAUAAAAAGAUUGCUGAAUGAACUGAAAGAGGUGGCCACGUCGAUUGGAGAUCGUAAAAGAAAGAAUGAAUACCGCGAUGCGUUACAGGUAAGAAUGUUUAGUAAUGCAACAAGUAUUAGUGUUUCCUAGAUGAACUUGCACCUCUUGCCGAUCCAGUGUUUUGAUUUACGGAUGUACAAGGUUUUACCCCAUUUUUGUUUAGAAUAAAUCGUAUGUGUUUUGUACUUGGCCGUAGGUCUUGGAGGCCGUCGAGAUGAACAUCCCCACUUGACUUUUUCUUUGAUAGAGAGGUACCUCCAGACCUAUUGUAACACCAUCAUUGUUCUGGUAGGAUAUUGAAAGGCAAAAUUGGAAAGUUUCUGAAAAAAUUGCAUUGUGACACUUCUGACAAAAAGGAGGUCAGAAACAUUCAGCUUAGAAAGUGGUGAAAGCGACAACAAAAGUCAAGCGCCCGUUUGUUAUUUGAAAUAAGUCUGUCAUGUUGUUAUAAGGCCGUAUGCUUCAUAACUCGACAUUUAUCUCUUUUGCUUGACGUACUUUUGCUAGGCUUUGAAGAAGGAAAAGGAAGCAGGUCCCGGGCUAAUUCAAAAAGGUAGCGUAUGUCAUAUUUUUCCUUUAAAAAAAAAAAAAGAGACAUGGGCAAAAAUGGUCUGUAUCAGAGAAGUUGUCUUGCUUGCUUAACCUGUAAAUGUUGUUCUUUUUUGAGGUUCGUUAUGUAGUUGUCGUCGUGUUACUGUUUAAUUAAGCUCAGCUGAUCUUUUCGUUUUGAUAUUCGUAGACGAUUUUUGUUUAUAUGUGAACCAGGUAUUUAAUGGUACUCCCAUAAUUUUAUUAAUUAUAAUUAUUUGCCAUAGUUAAGGCCUUUCUUUAUCCUAGUCAUUCAAGCGUUGACCCCGCAAGUCCUUAGAGCAGAAAAAAAACCUUCACCCGAACAAACCCCUAAGAGUGGUAGUGAAGAGGAAGAGGAAUUUGAAGCUGAUGAAGACAUUGAAGCGAUAUCUUCAGGAGCCACUCUGGUAGAAGUAUCUGAGGCAGUGGCCACAGAAGUGUCGGGGGAAGUUUUGGAGGCAGUGUCCGAAGAAGAGGUUGAAGUUGGGUCUGAGGAAGACACUGAAGUCGAAGGUGGUUAUGUAGCCGUAUUCGAGUAAGUAUCAUUUUUGUACUCAACAAUUUAUUCUUCGAGUCGACAAUAAUUAUUUAAACGUAUUUUUCCCUUCAUAUCAAGGUAAGAGAAUUGAACAUGAUUACUAACCGCACGGUCACACUGCCUCCCUUAAAAAUGGCGCCCCUAAAAAUAUUGUCUUUAUGAGAAAAAACUAUGAAGAAAGAAAGAAACGAGGACGCACACUCACCAGCUGCUAGCAGGUGCAGUCGAACCUCCCACACCGGUCACCUUGGGGACAGAAGAACGUGGCAGUUGUGGAAAGGUGGCCGUUAUGGGGUGAAAAAUUUAUUUUAGAUAGUAUUGUGCUAAGUUCAUGCUUACUUUAUCCCAUAAUGGUAAUCCAAUCAUAUGUAAUUUAGAGAGAUAAAAUACACAAAAAACUUCAAAUUUUUAACGCGACAAUCAAUCGACAAGGUUCCCAACAUUUGCUAAAAGAAUCGUAGGCAAUUAAUAUUUAUGCUUACUGCAGCAGUAAAAAUGGACCACAAUCAAAAUACAAUCGCCGCGAUUAAUCAUGGAACGUGCCUAAGGAUCAAAUUUCAUGACCAUUCUUGACUUUUUUAAAUGUCGCUGAAAAAACUGGCCGUUGUCGAGAGAUUAUCUUGGCCGUUGGGGACACGCUUUAGUGGCCAUUGCCGUUGUAGAGAGGUUUAAACAAUGCAUGUACUGUAUGUACUGUCCACCGGAACAAAAAAGUGGCCGUUGUGGAGAAGGGACCGUUAGUGGAGGUUUGACUGUGUCAUGAAGUCUUUAAACGUCGCAAUCUAGCCUAUAACGUACAUGGGCCCCGGUCACUAUUUAUUGUUCUGUCCGACCAACUGCUGAAACUCUAAUUGAUUGCAGAGGAACAGUAACAAGUGAAGGUACUAACUGGGCCGUUAAACAAGGGGGUGUUCUCCUGAUGUUCCCUCGUGAUGCUGUGUCUGAGCCUACGCCAUUAGUGGUCCACAGGUGGAAGUACAGUGCCUGUUCACCCCAUUUGCAGGAGCAUGAGGCCAUUACUAGCAAUGUUAUUGAACUAUCUUCUAUCAGUGGCCAAGGUCAGAAAUUCAGCACCAAGGUAAAGUUGUCGCUAUCUCACAGUGCGCCGGACCUACCUGGCUAUGAGCUGGUGAUAAAAAGGCUGAUUGACAAGGAGAAUAAUGAAUGGGAAGAUCUGGAUGGAACCAGGAACGUGCGGUGUCGACAAGGUGUAGAAAAUUAUUCCAUAUACAGUUGACUAGCUGAAACUCGAACCGUCGGUAACUCGAAGCUCGUGCUAACUCGAACCCAAAAGUGAAGAAUUCCCUGGAUUGACUCCAUACUUCUUGCUGUAAUUUUAUCUGAAUAACUCGAACUCUUGCUACUUUUAACCUCUCGGUAACUUGAAGUCAUUUUCCUCCUUCGCAUUCAGGCUAGGAUACAUCUAACUCUAUCGUAAAUACUUAGUUUGUUUUUUGGUCAUUUUAAAAAAGAACAACAGAUACACUGCGCUAAUAAACAUAAGCGGAAAAGAAGAAAAAACAUUGCGAGAAAGAAAGACGCACUAAUUUCCCAUUUUUCCUUCAUUUUUCCUAUCUCUCGAAAACUCGAACCUUGCAUGAUUUUCCUUAAAGGAAACUGUAGCAGAUUGUUAUGUCGAUUAUUGAUUUAUCUUUCACAGACCUUAUUUUAGUGAGAUGGAUGAGGUCUACGUAUCUACAAUGCUGUGUCGUAUAAGUUGGGUCUUUUCCCUUUGAGAGAUAGGGAUUUAGUAUUGUCGAUCUCCUGUUUGAACCUGAAGGUCUACUUAGUUUCCUGAGCGGGGAGAGAGAAAGAGAGGCGGGGGGGAUGGGGCGGGGCGGAGGAGAUGGGGAGACACCAAAGUUGUAUUUUAAUUAUAUCUGAUUCUUAUUACAGAGAUCGAGGAUGCUUAUCCUUCUCACAUAGAAAUACCGAGCGUAUAUUUUCCGCUUGCCCAGGCUGACAUAACUGAGUACUCAACGUACGCCGUAGUUUGUCGUCUGAAGGCUUCUCCAACUUACAUCAUCACAUCCAAAGGCGGCUCAUUCAGCCAUCCUGACCAUCCGGGUGUGAUAGUUACAAUCCCUGAGAAUGCUGUUGCUCCUAACGCGAAAUGUCCUUUGGAGUUAAAGGUUCGUUUCAUCUUGUACUUCCGUUUUAUUGUAACUAAGUUGCAAAGCUGUGCUGAAGUAGGAAGUAGCGACAAAUUUUAGAAGUUAACUGACUUCUUGAGGAGGAAAACCUAGUGUCUAGUCUCGAUGAGUUAACUGACUAGCCGAUUAAUGCUCAUUUGGUGAGAUCUUUGCCGCUUUAGUUGUUCGGUCGUCUUACUCCCACGUCAAUUUUGGCUUUGAAAAAAGGUUAUUCAAAUUUACAGCUAGCUAUUAUUGUUUCUAACGUUACAGGUACAAGAAGUUUCCAAUAAAGAAUUUGUAAGGGAAAAUGUAUUUCUUGGUCCUGUACUGCGAGUCAACUGAAGUUCAGGAAAAGGAAAAUGAAGUCGUUGUGUUGUGUUCACUGACGUCCUCCACAAAACGUAAAAUUAGGCAGUUGUACAGUAACGGCAAAGAAUAGUGCAAAAAAACCGUUAUGCACGUGCAAAGCUUUUGUUUUGCCAAUUCAAACCUCUUCAGAGCUUGUUUUUGACUUUCUUGUUACUGUCGCCGUCUUCGUUGCUUAACUGAGCUCCCUAUUAUAGCGGUUGGCGACUGGGGCGCGGCAUUCUCCUCUGCCAUUUCAAGAAUCUUUAUCAACACAGUGCCACUAACCUUUUUUAUUAUUAUUUUAGGUAUUUCCCUUUUCUGGUUCUGAGAAAAGCAUACUCCAGUAUUGCUGAACUGACACUUCGAAUUUUUUAUCAGCCCAAACAAGCAGACUUCGUCGCUUACUUUCGUGAGGAUUUUCCAGACAUUUUGAGCCUUAUUUGCUGCCCUUCUCACCUGACAGGACAGGUGAUAGGCGAUCUUGAAGAAAAAGAAAUAACACCUAUUUACGGAAGUUCGGACACAGACAUGAUUCCUGGGCAUGACAGAGCAUUCGUACAUGUAUCAGAGGGAAUAAGCCCAUUUAAUGAGAAAGACAUGAAGGAUCUUUAUCUCAUGUAAGUCUAUAUAAAAACCACAUUUCGUGCAACAUAUAAAACACUGAUUUGUUUGAACAAAUACUAAGAAAUAAGACAGGACACCUGCACCGUCAAAUUAAACAUCUCCUAACUUUCACAAAACCGUCAUUCCGCGGACUAUGUUAAGGGAAGCACUUAAAAGUCGCUCAUUUAUACAUUACUUAAUCAAAAACCGUUCUUUGCAUAUCUUGUUGGAUGCCAAAAAAGCCUGAAAUUGUCGUCUUAAAUUCAUCCUAUCCGGUGAACUGUAGCCCUGGGAACAUCGACUUGCUGUCAACGAAAGGUUAACCUUUUGAAAGGAAAGGUUUAUUGCAGCACACAGUUGAUAAUGAAGUGUCAGCAUUAGCGAGGUUAACCUUCUGUGAGAGUCUGUUGAUUAGGCAAGAAACAAGUGUCCGUUGUCCGCAUUAAAUGGGUUGAAUGUAGAGAAAAUGUAAAGGAUUUCUUUCCCCAGGGACAAAGCAAACUGCCCGUAAUAAUGAGGUGUCUGUAUUAAGCAGUUGUCCGUAAAAUGGGGUUCGAAGAAAACAUGAAGUUGUAUUUAAUGAGGCUUUCUUUUUUUCGGGGAGGGGGAAGGGUUACUCCCUUGUAUGGCCUAUUCGGGGAUGUGCCGCUAAACAGGGUAUGGUUAUUGACCUCCUUAUCCCACAGGGUAUAUUUUUUCGUUUUGCCUGCAAGAUUGAUUUGAUUUGCUAGAUGAAUUUUCGUUCUGGCGCUGAUUUUGUCCUUUGUUGGGGUAAUAAAAUUGAGGGUGUUGUCCUACUGCAGGGUAUGUAUUUUAGGAAUUUUUUUCCUAACCAGGGUCAGGGUUUCAAACUCUCAGUGACUCACCUAUACCCAAAUAUUGGUCUAGUACCCCCCCCUCCCCACCCCCCGUCGUUUUUGUUAAAUUCUCUCAAGUUAAGAAUCUUUGGCUCUGUGGUAUCACUUCAUGGGUAUAUUCUUUUCCAUUUUAUGCAGGUUAAGAGACGAACAACCGUUUAAGAAAGACUUGCGAGUUCGUCUGUUUAAAAACAAAGACCCAGCACAAGUAGAAUUUUGUAGGACCUUAGAGCAAACAGGGAGAACUCCGUUGUGUAAAUUGCACUUAAAAAUUCCCACUCAAAGCACUGAUCAUACGGUAAGUUUUUGUGCCAGUCAUUUGGGGCUUAGGAAUUUAAACAGAUUCGGGCUCCUGUACAUUGUAAAAAUAAUUUGAUCUUAUAGAAUUUUAUUUCAAACAGCAGCCGCGAAAAAUAAGAACUUCGUUAGAAUUUUUCCUGCAAAAAGGCUGUGAGUAUUGUGCUGGGCCUCAAUAUUAUCCAAAAUUUCAUGAUUGGUUGUUUCGAAACUAUCAGUGUAUACCGUAAACCAUACGAAAAUUGCCACGGUACAUGUGAAGUAUAAAACCCAUCACCACGUUGCCCACAGUAUAAAGGCACCUGGCCAUUGCCUUGAUGUUGUGGGCGUCGCAUACAAAAAACUACUCUUGUUUGCGCUAUAAUUCUAUUUCAAAACUAAGCGAAAUGUAUAUGCUUGUAAUAACUAAUGCUCCCUUGAAUUGACCAUGUAUUACGAAAUCAACGGUGGGAAAAAUUAAUUAAUUUUUAAUAUUCCUUGCGGGAAAGGAAUUAGCUUAUCUGGGUGGCAGUUCUCUCUUUCUUCCAAUUUUCCUUGUUUGCCUUUUAACUCAGGUAAAUUAAGGCAUGGGCCUCAAUUUGCCUUAAUUUGCUCUCUUCAAAAGUGAGGGGGUGUUCUAUAUCUAAGAGCUUUAGAUGAAGAGACAUAAGACUUUGCCAGCUAACCACAUUUUUAGUUUGUGUCAAUUUUGUGCUUUAAAAUUAUGCAAAUUAGGUCACGUGACCUCCAUUGGCUGGAAAAGCUAGUUCUUCAAACGGCAACACUUUUUCGUGCGUCUUCAAUUAUUUUACCGGUUGCAUAAUGUUAAUGCCGUUUAAUGUAUCACUUCUGUGCUUGGCCUUUUUUAGAUAUUUAAAAUCGAAGGCGUUAAGAUGGGAUACAAUUGCUUUGGGGGACUUGGUCUAGUUGAAAAAGCCGUUUAUUUUCUAAAACAGUGAAAAAUUCAAAAAAGGCCAAGCACAGUCUUGUAGAUGCUUGCAUUAUACAUUGUCCUAAACCAGUCCGGUUUAAUAACUCACAACAAAAAGUGUUGCCAUUUUUGUUUAAAGACUUUUUAUUGUUUUCUGGCCGUGUGGAGUCACGUGACAACAUUUGCAUAAUUGAACAUCACCUAAUUGACAGAAACCACACAUGCAUGUAUCUGGCAAAGUUUCAUCUUUCUACUGCUUACGUGCUCAGAGAUAGACCACCCCCCAUUGCUUUUUUACUGAAUCAUUGGGGACCCAUGCCUUAAUUUACCUGAGAAAGUCUCAUAUUCCUGGUCCUCCUUCCUAAUACUAUAAAGCAUAAAGAUAAACGCAACGAAUUUUGCCAGUUCUCUUACUUGAUUUAUUAGCUUGUUGUCUUGCAGCGGCUGUGUGCCAUGCCACUUUUAUGGGGAUAAGGUUCCAAUAGGCAGUGCAAAACAAUUAACUAAAAUUAUAUUUUGUCCAGGCAAAUUUAGCUCAUGUGAUGAUGAUCGUUCCUACUCUUUUUGUGUAUGUUUAAAUGCAGUACUUCCUUUCUCUUUCUGUAGGAUAACACAAUUGACAGAACGCCAAUUUCCUUUGAUAGAAGACCUCUAAGAGUUACUCUUUUGGGAGACGAGUGGGGAUCCUCAAAGGGCGGUUUGUCUACGCUGAACAGAGAACUAGCAAAGCACCUGGCACGUCAGCCUGAUGUAGAGAUAACCGUUCUACUGCUACGUUACGAUGAAAAAGAGAAGCGGGAAGCUCAUGAAUUUAAUGUGCGUCUUGCCACACCAGAAGUGAUGGCCACGUCUGAUCGCAUCAUGAAAUUGUGUUUUCCUUCUGAUGAUCUCAACAUUGACGUCGUUAUAGGCCAUGGUCAGAAGCUCGGAGUACCAGCUCAGGUCAUAGCAGAACAGCGCAAAUGCAAACGAGUUCAUAUAGUACACACCGCCAGUGAAGAGCUUGCAAUGCUUAAGGAAGGCAAAACAGCGCUACCAAAAGGCGAGGAAAAACACCAAGCUGAACUAGAACUGUGUAAGGAGGCUGAAAUCGUCGCGGCCAUAGGACCGAAGCUAGCGGACGCCAUCUCCGCCCCCCUGCGGUCGUACCGUAAGGAUCAACAGGUGAUAGAUAUCACACCUGGAAUCUUUCCGGAGUUCGCAAAGUUGGAGCAAGCCAGUGAGGAGAGAGAAAGGUUCCGAAUCUUAGUGUUUGGUCGGGGUGACUCGGAAGAUUUUAAACUAAAGGGAUACGAUAUAGCCGCCCAAGCUGUAGCAGGCUUGAACGAUAAAAUCUACCUUCUAAUAUUUGUCGGAGCGCCUAAAGGUAAAGAAGAAGAAUUUAAAAAUAGGUUACUGGAGUGUGGCAUUCCUUCUUCUCAGCUAAUUGUGCGGGGCUUUGUUGAGAGUCGCGACACACUAAAGCGUUUCUUUUGCGAGGCGGAUCUCGCUGUUAUGCCGUCUCGAACGGAAGGCUUUGGCCUCACCGCUCUUGAAGCACUUUCCGCUGGACUUCCGAUUUUGGUGAGCGAUAAUUCGGGACUCGGAAAAGCUAUUAACACUAUUACUUUUGGAUGGACAUUUUUGGUUGAUUCUGACAAUGCCGAAGAAUUGGGCAAAGCUAUUAGUCGUGUGAGACAUACACCAAGGGAAACCCGGCUAAAGGAAGCUUGCUCUCUCCGAGAGGCCUACGACAAAAAGUACAAGUGGGAGACACAAUGUGAGAAUCUUGUUAAAAAAAUGCGUGCUUCUCGUUUAGUCCACUCUGGGUCUAAACACUUCAGUGGUGUGCUUCGUCGUUAUUUAUCCGUUUAAAAAAAUGAAACAAUGUUGAAGACAACAAUCCUAACACUGCCUGAAGUUGGCCAAUAAGGCUGGAAAAAUCCCCGAAUGCAUUCCACUACUUCUUAAACUACCAACCUCUUUAACAACACGCUAGCUGAACAAGAAUGCUGUAUAAUGACAGACUAGAAACAAUAGACAACUCCCAAAACACAAACUCAGCCAAAACGCUAAAAAUCUUCAAUGUUUUCUCAAGUUUGGGCUUAUAGAAGAUAAUGUCACAGUCUUUCAAUGACCAUGAAAUUCAGAGUCCGGGUAGUUAGUUAAUCAAUUGUGGUCCUGAAAAAAUUUGAAGGAAAAAAAACUACGAAUUUUUAAGAAAAAACGCUUUUUUCGUGAGAAGGACUCUUAAACGCUAACAAACGUCAACAAGUAGAGAAAACUAUAAUUUCUAUAUGUUUGCUUUGCUCGAAAUCGCGCGCAUUUACAAGGCCUUAAAGAGUUGUGCUGACUUGCAAGGACCCAUCUGUUAUAACGAUGCCCAAAAUAAAGAGAUGAAUCUCAUAGUUUAUUAGAUAUAAUCGUGUAAAGUUUGUUUAUCAUUUUCGCAUAAAUUAUGACCUAAAUUUGGAAACCGCUGAAUUUCUCGCAUUGGGUCCUUGCGAUUUUGGUGAAAUUGUGUUCAGCGCAAGGCACUAAUGCGCACUAUGUGUAGCCGAGAGAUUUUCACGAAAAAAUGCCGGCAACAGCAGAUUUUCGACUUAGACCUCAAAGGGGCGUGGCAUUAUAACCACGUGACAUUUACUCCGAUCGCCAAAAAUUUUAUGUUAUAUUGUAGAUCGAUCUAUAUGUUAUCCAUUCUAUGUGUUAAACUUACAAUAAAAGUAAAGGUGGGGAUACCAGAGAGGUUCAAAGUGGGAUGGUACCCCCCCCAAAAAACUGGGUCGCGUCACCUUAAGGUCGAAAAUGUUUGCCUAACUGGAACCUGAUACACUCACUUCCUUACCCUUAUCACUAAACUUUCGGAGUCAGUCGGCGUUCGUCGUAGUAUUUUUCCGGAUUCCAGAUUCCUGAGGUGCUUACCAUUUGACAGAAAAAUCCGGUUGGGGUGUACCCUGGCUCCAGAGGUCCGUUCUCAAAAUACCCAGGGUCACGGCUUCACGUCGAACUAUCAGGAAUUAGUAAUCUAUUAUCAACGGUGCGUUCUGAUUGGUUGAGCUACUACUAGGCUACAUGUUAUAGCCUCCUAGUAGCGAAAAGCGCGGGCUUUUUGGAGGCAAAAAAGGAUUAAAGGCUAGCUUUUAACUAGCUAAAAGUUAUUAUUCUCGACAUUUUUGACCAACUAGUUGGAUUUUACUAAAACAAUUAUUCCUGUCGCCCUCAUGGCCUCUGAGUCAAAAGCUCACUCGGCCUUCGGCCUCAUGGACUAUUGACUCGGAGCCCAUUCGGGCUCGCGGAAUAAUUGUUAAUUAGAUCAGAAAAAAAUAACCUUUGGAACCCAGGGAAGUUGGGGUGACGAAAGCAUAAUGGUAAACCAUUCACUGGUUCACUGUAGAAUUGCCACAUCCGUUACGGUUUGAAUCCAGAAAAGGGGCCGGGCGAAUUUGUGUAGCGUGAGUCUGGAACCGAGAAGGAGCCGAGAAAUUGGUAAAUGGUAAGCAACAUUUUCGUUUGGUUCGUACUAACCGGAAUGAACGGACUAACUCAAAACGUACUCCUCAAUUUUCGGUUGGAAUUUCCGAAAAGUGACCUUACCACUUACCUUCCGUCCUGAAUUUCCGAAAUUUUCUAUAAAAUGGUAAGCACCCCUGGGUUGUUAACCAUUUAUAAAAAAAUUCCGGCAAUUUUGGUUCGGGAAUUUUUGUUCGGUAAGAACGGUUACGCGUCGUUUACCAUUUGCCUAAAACUUCCGGAUUGUCGCGCCGCGCUAGACUGGAUUCUAGUUGCUACAUGAAACUAGAACGAAAAUAGUACGAAACUCAAGAAACUUGUAAAUGGAAAACGAAUUUCCAUUCGGGACCCUAACCCUAACCUUAAAACUUCGGGACGUCCCAACCCGGAAAACGGGACUACCUUUUCAGAAUUUCCGUUUGUUCCGGGAAUUUUCCAGUGGGACGAACCGAAGAACGUUUGCCAUUUACAUCCCAACAGGAAUUUCCGGGAAUUUGUGGUUAAUGGAAAACAACCCUGGUUUUAGACAAACGCGAAAGAAAUAUCCAUAACUAGAACGUGUGAUAUUUGUGGAACAGAAAGGAGAAGUCGUUACGUCACACGUUGCCAUGGUAGCGAAAUUUCUGGAUGACAACAAACCGAAAACGUGACGUAACUUAAAAUUCAUCGAUCUUUUUCAAUUUCAUUUAAUUUGUCAAAUGUUGGCGAAUUUUUCUGGGGUUGAAUGCGAAAGGACCGUAUCAAAAGUUUAGAAAAAGAAAAAUGAAAUUUUUGUGUUGUGUUCACGUCCUAAAGCAGGCGUCUGAAAUUAGAAAGUUCGUGUCGCAAUCGCGCAAUGACGGCUAAGAAAAGUACAAAAAUGCGUGAAGCAAGAGCAAAGUUUUUGUUACACGGGACGAUUGGCAACGAAGAUUUUUAGCGCAACACAGGGUUCAAAUCCCGUUAAGUAAGAGCUGCUAAGUUAUACGGGUGUGUUUCUUGAGCUUUGAAAAGGCGAAGCAUGUGAAUCAAUCUUAAUAUUAUGUUACGUGGGAAGACGUGGGAAUAUAUGGACGACUGGGAACGAGGCUGAUGUUGUAAGUUUCUUUGCCUUCUCGCCGUCGUCGUUGCUACCAUGGUUACGUGACGUCACACUUUUCCUUUCUGUUCGGCUCGACUAUUCCAUAACCAAGUACUUCCCCGAUCAUGGCGUCCUCUAUGGCGGAAGGCUCAUCUGAGCUAAAUCAACUUUUUAGGGACAUAUCCUCGAAGUUUUCUCCAGCUGAAUCAGAGGAUGUCGUGAAGUCUUCAAAACGAAUUUAUGGAGAGCAAUUUAAAUCGCUGGGAAAUCAAGAUUUGUUGUCAUGUUUGGAUCGUUUGUGUAAGUUCGGUUAUAUUUCGAGUAAAAAACUGACUCUAAUCAAGGAGUUCAUUGGUACAAGAUCAAACAAUGAGCAUGACAUUAACAAAAGAGUUGAAGACUUUGAGAUCUCCCGUCCAUCGCAGCCUGAGCCGGAAAAGGAAUUACACGGAAGAAUUGAGGAGUUCAAGGAGAUUACGGAAAAACUUAAAAUGAAGCCUUUUGUUGUUAAUUUGUAUGGAUCCGCUGGAGUGGGAAAGACAACUCUUGCCAAGAUCAUUUGUGAUAAAUGGGCUGGGAAGAAAUAUGUCUUUGAUUUAAGAGAAGCUAAAGAUAUGACGGCAGUUUAUCUGAACAUCAUGGGUAAACUUGACCUAAAUAUCCAAAACGUUCGUUUUGACAUGAGUACUGUUGUUGGAAGAAUUCAUGACCUGUUGAAAGUGACAAGCGAAGGUCCUUCUGUUCUUUUACUUCUUGACAAUGUGGAUCAGUUCACUGAAGGAAAGGGAAAGGAGGGCGAGAACUUAAGAACACAGUUUUUAUACUUCCUGGGAAAGCUGUCAGAGUUUGAUGGCGAGAAAGGUUCAUUACACGUGCUUCUGACUUCAAGGACUCAGCUGAAUAAUUCAGAGAAGGUGUCUAAUUUUAAGUUGCAACCUCUUACAAAUAAUUUUUCAGAGAAAAUCUUGCUACCUACAGAAACAUUUCAUUUUGAGGCACAGGAGAAGAAGAAGCUUCUUGACAUCUGCAAAGGAGUUCCAUUGCUAUUGAAAGGAACAGCUGCAAUUUUGAAACAAAGGAGAAAAUCUCCCAGUGAUCUUAUUCAUGAGAUAGAAAUGAACUCUAAAGAGGAAGCUGGAGUUCCUGUGAAAUCAAAACAUGAAGAGGAUACAGAAGAAAGACCUUUUAAUUCAGAAGAAGAAGGCAUUGAUGAUGAGCAAAUGUCAGUGAUCAGAGAAAUGUUCUAUACUUUACCAUCUGACAUUUUGAGGGUUUCUGCUGUUUCGAUAUCCUUGUUUCAUGGACCCUUCACUGCUUCAACUGCUGCCAAAAUUCUUGGUGUAAGCAUGUCAGAAGCAGUGGCACAUCUUGAAGGACUAGUAACCAAUGAAAUUAUUCAUGUAAUUGACGAAGAUGCCAAGCAGUAA